AUGCUGCGAACUGCUCUUACUCGAUACACUCGCGCUCUGCCGGCCUCGACGCGCGGUCUGGCUGCGUCCGUACGCGCCAAGCACACGCUCCCCGACCUUGCGUACGACUACGGAGCGCUGGAGCCUUCGAUCUCGGGCCAGAUCAUGGAGCUGCACCACACCAAGCACCACCAGACGUAUGUCAACGGCCUCAACACUGCCGAGGACCAGCUUGCCGAGGCGCUGCACAACAAGGACGUCAAGAGCGCCAUCGCGCUGCAGAAGGCCAUCAACUUCAACGGCGGCGGACAUAUCAACCACACGCUCUUCUGGGAGAACCUCGCACCCAAGAAGAACGGUGGUGGUGAGCUGUCCAACGGCGCGCUCAAGGACGCUAUCGACCGCGACUUCGGCAGCCUCGAUGGACUCAAGCAGAAGUUCAACGCCCAGAUCGCCGCGAUUCAGGGAUCCGGCUGGGGCUGGCUCGGUUACAACCCCCAGACCAAGAAGCUCGACAUCGUCACGACCGCUAACCAGGACCCUCUGCUGUCCCACGUGCCUCUGAUCGGCGUGGACGCAUGGGAGCACGCAUUCUACCUGCAGUACCAGAACGUCAAGGCCGACUACUUCAAGGCCAUCUGGGAAGUGAUCAACUUCAAGGCUGCCGAGGAGCGUCUCCAGAAGGCCCAGUAG